CAAAGUUUUCAACAUAGAAUACUGCUUCGCAGUCUAGUAAGCUACUCUUUCCUCAACCUCACAAACGUCGAACCCCCACGACCAUUGCUGUCAUGCGAAUUGGACGGUUCCUAACUUUUUCAGAUAUCUGAUUAUCAGUCUUGACUCGUCAAGUACACUCGUUUAUACAAAUAUCCUGACAUUUCGUUCCAUAUACAUCUUUUCCAGCGGCAUCAUUUCCAUUGCAUCUUGUUCGGACGUAUUGAUUUCACGAUGGUGCAGUCUCGAGGAUUUCUAGCGGCCUCUAUGGCCAUGGUCUCAUUCUGCGGGCCACUAUUAACAUACGCCGAAGCCGCACCGGCCCCUCCCAAUACCAGAGACCCCGACCGUCCGCGGUACUAUUUUCCCCGGGUUGUCAAGAGACAGAUCGGCAAUUUGAGUGCAUUGCUACCUGUACCAGACGCCCAGGAGUCAGACUUCUCGGGUCUGAUCAGUAACAUCGCAAGCGACUUGACGGAGGAGACAACAUCUUCGGAUGCUGUCACGACUAUCGUAGUGAGUUCGACAAGUGUCUUCGUAUUCGAUCCGAUGGCCACUCCGACCGCCGAAGGUAUCCUGCCCCCAAGUGGCGCCGCAGAGUCAGGGACCGCCGAUGGUAUCCUUCUCCCAAGCGGUUCCGCAGAGUCGGGGACUACCGAUGGUAUCCUUCCCCCAAGUGGUGUCGCAGAGUCAGGGACCGCGCCGGUGGUGCCGGAGACUUCCGAGACGCCGACCUCCCCCAUUCUAGACCUAGAAAGCUCAUUAUCUAAUUCGGAGAGCGACCCGAGCAGCGGCGGGGGAGUUCCGUCGAGUAUCAUACUUCCAAGUUUAUCGGUCCCCUUCGGCGGUGCUUUCUUUGAAUCCAGCACCGGUGGAACACCCGAGACGGUCUUGCAACCAUCAAGUACACCGGACCCGUCAUCCGAAACUGCACCUUCGACGUCAGAGUCACCCACUGGCAUCAUUGUAGGGCUCUCCACAGUCAUCAGCUCGGCGUCGGAUUCGGUCAUAUCGACUUCAGCUUCUGAGCCAUCGGAUCUCGCUACUCCCACCUCCUCAUCGGGUGAUUUCUUGGAUGGGAUCAUCGGAUCUCUAACAGGAGGAGUCUUCCCAACUGGCGCGCUGGGAACCGGUGCUUCCAGCUCGAUUGAAGCACUUCCGUCCGGGUCUGAAUCCUUCCCACCAGACUCGAUUCCCACUUCAUCAGCUCCACCGGAGACCACUUCACCACCCGACCCAGGAGAUGUUAUCUCUUCAAUCGCGUCCGAAGCGUCCAGUGCGUUGGGCGAUUUGACGAGCUCUCCGACGCCCUCAGAGUCUCUUAGUGAGGACAUCUCUAGCAUCUUGUCCUCAGCCGCGUCCGAAUUUUCAGGCAUCAGUUCCUCGCCGAAUCCCACGGACCCUGUGGCCCCGACCCAAGAUCUGUCAUUGAUCCUGUCCUCUAUUGCAUCGGAGGCCUCGUCAAUUGUAUCUGAGGUCCCCCCGGAAACCUCGGAUCCGGCCUUUCCCACGUCGACGCCAGAUAACUCGACAGAGAGCUCAUUUAUCGCGAACCCGACGGCACCACCUGUCAGCACUCCGACCUUGGAAAGCACCUCAAGUACGCUUCCGACCGACCUGCCUAUCAGCAACUCUACUAUUCCAGUAUCUGAUCCAACGGGACCCAUUUCAUUAUCGGAAUCACCUUCUAGCUCCCUACCAGUGAGCUCAUCGUCGGUUAGUGGUAUCGUGGACCCUUCCCUAUCCGCUACCAGUUCUGCGACAUCUCAAAUCGAGACCCCGUCAACUGUGGUUCCCGGACCAACCACGUUAAGCGAGGCGCCCGUAUUUAGCGUCAUCCCCACCGGGUCCGAUACGCUCAGCACGCAAUUUGUUCCGAGCAGCAUCGUUGCCGAACCGACGUCGAACACGGUUACACUGACUGCGGUCGAGACGGGCAUCCCGUCUACCAUGCCAAAACUCAUCAAGCCGCCUGGAGGCACGCCAGAAGCCCCGAAGGAUUCGACUCUUGUUCAAGUUGGUUUCAGUUAUCCGCUCAAUUUCCCAUUCGUGUCGUCGAGCUCAGUUAGCAGACGCCAAAUUUACCGCUUCCUUCCCGAAGGUAUCGCCUUUGGCCUGAAAAUUCCACGGGAGCAGGUGGUUUUCUACGCGUUGCAACCCUAUGACACGACCGAAGAUCUUCAAUACAUCACCACGCUUGCCCUCUUUUACGUUGCGUCCGACAAGGUGAGCCAGCUCGGUGCAGACCUGCUUUCGCCCGUCAGCCAAUUGUACGGAAACCCGGACGAAUCGGCGCGAACGUUAAUGGGCUUGAUCAACCCGUCCAUUCCUCUCCUACCUGGCCAACUCUUGGACGAUAACAGGGGCACGGGGCCUAACAAUCCAUCGGCAUCGUCGCCCACCAAAGCCGAUGGCGGUUCCGCGUUUGGGGGCGAUGCAUCGUCCUCGUCUCCAGUAAAAUCCACCUCCGUGGCCGUUGGUGUGUCAGCGGCAGUCGGCGCAGUGCUGUACGGAGGUGCCAUGGUCCUCGUCGCACGGCGGUACAAGCAACGCAAGGCACGACGGCACCAGCGAACCAGCUCCGUUCAAAGCGGUAGCCAGGAGGGCGGACCAUGGAUGACGGGUGCAGGCCACGACAGAGUCACCCCCGGAAUGAGCGGACGCCAGAGCCGAUACUCCGACCGAAGCGGCCUGUCUGGCAGUUCCGCAGGCCAGAGCGGAAGUAGCCAGGGCCGGAGCAUUCGUACGACCCAGAUCAGCGCGCCGGUCAUGAGCGAAAACAGCUUGGGAUGGAAUUGAGCCAGAUCCAUCGAGCCGGAACGAGUCGAUUCCUCUCAUCCGUAAUAUCAGCCCUGCCAACCAUCGACACGCAGCCACCAUUUAGUUCCGAACCGGACAACCAUUUCACUAUAUUAGCACGUCAUGUCCCAUAUUCUUAUUCGAUUUGGACCCCGAUUUCGGGGAUUAGAUACCAGGUCUACCCCGUGCCACGGGUGCCGACCAUUUCAUUUAUCUGUUCUGAUUAUCGGAGAGCGAUUGAGUGAGCGAUGUGACGAGAGGGGGAAUUGUACAUAUGUGUCCAAUGUAUAGUGAAGCUGAUGUCACCGAAGCGGGAUUCCGCCUCUUUGCUUGUGUAAUUGUGAUAGUCCGCAUCCUCAUCGCCUCAUUGUAGCAUCCUGAG